CGUUUCGUGUAGGCGUCUGAGAAAGCCUUCCUGCUAACAACCCGAGGAUACGUUUGAGCACAUCGAAGCUGCACGAUAUACACGGAAGCUUUGCAUUGUUAUCGGAGCGUUGUGCUCCUUCUCCUGCUCCAGGGCCCCUAACGAGCCCCCUACUUGGAGGGCUCCCAGGGAGCUCGCUCCUGAUUGGCCAGCAGGCUGUUUCCUUGCAGCUGGCCCAACUGAAAGCCCAGCUAGCACUGACUCAGAUAAACACCGCUCUUGCUGUUGGCAGCCGAGCAGCAACCUUUACAGUAAACUCGAACACACCUUCAUACAUUGCUACAAAACCCCCCUCCCCGACUGCUGCAGCCAUCAAUCUCCUUAACCUUCUGAAGAUCGCAAACAAUAUGUCCCAUCACCUGUAUAACCCCUAUGCCUCUGGGAAUCAAAGUUCCACCCAGAGGCAGUAUGGACAAUCGAGUUUACCAUCAGAGAGGGACCCUCGGAGGGCACCUUCUCGCCUCGCACCUGCGUCCAGUUUCAGCUCUUCUGGAGGUUCUUCUGUGACUCCUGCCAACUCUGGGGGAAUGCUCCCUGCACUUAUGUCUCAGUCAAUAAACUACAGGCCUGAACAGAGUAGGGCCAUAAUGACCAAGGACUUAGAUGAGUCUAUAGACAUCCAUAUUAGCAGAGCCAGAGAAGAGGUGAGGCUUCUCAACAAACCGAUGCAUCAGGCAGUGGACCAGGGCACUCUCUUUACGAACACUCAAAGGGAUGAGCUGCGCUCCUCAGGCACAGGGAUGGCCUCCUACCCAAUGUCCUCAACCUCUGCCUCUCUAGGACAUAGACACUCGGACAUUGAAAGCAGCAGUAGCUCCUUGGACUGGUCGUCAAACUACAAAAGGCCUACUGCGGAUGACUCUAAAUUUUAUCCUCCAUCUGCUUCGUCUAAUUUUGCAAGCGGUGGGGACAGUAGGUUUAAUACCUCCAAUAACAGAGAACACGAUAUGCAGUCCAUUCCAGGUUUAGGUGAUUAUGACUAUGCAGGGUCAGACAAACCUGUCGCCUCUACAGAGUCUAGUCGACCCAAGUACACUUCCGAAUCAGCUGCGAAUAUCCUCGUGCACUUCGGACUUGAAAAAGAGGACUUGGAACAUCUCAUCUCUUUCCCCGAAGACCAGAUUACUCCUGAUAACCUGCCGUUCAUCUUGCGCCAAAUCCGCAUUCAGAAGGCCAAGAGUGCUACAACAGCAGUUCAGUCAGUACCCUAUCCCGAACCCCAACCCACCAGAAGUGUGAGUGGAAUGGACAGUCACAGUUUGAGUAGUUCUAGAGGGGCAGGGAUGCGCCAGGAGGAAAGGUCUAUUGCUGUUCUCCAGCCAAGCAAAGUGAUUGACUAUGGACAUACUGGCAAAUAUACUGGAGGGGUUGGGGAUGAGAUUGGAAUGACCAGUGGCAGUAGAUCCAACAGUGGUGGGAGGGGAAGUACGUUUCUGAUGGACGCUUUCAAUAGUAGCAGCCACAUUCGAGAACCACUACAAAAAAAUACAACAGAGGUGAAAAGCAGUGCCUUGGGUUCUUCACGUGAUCAGGCGAGUUCUGUUACCAGUCUUGGCUCUUCGUACAGUUCUGUACUGAGCUCUGUGGCUCCCCCAAGCAAUGAUCCGAACAAACGAUUGCAGACAUCCCAAACAAUCCCCAGCCUCUUCUCUCUGCCUAAGAAGGACACCGACAUCAGAGUUCUCAAGCCUGAAGCCUCCAAACCCGGUCCCUUAAAAGAACCACAGGCAGAUCGCCAGUCAACCUUCAAAAGUCAACCACCCUGCACUGUGCUCCGUGGUGUGCAUCCCAGCCGACCUGGUCUCGUGGUCAUUGACAGUAAUGACACAAAGAAUCAGAGAAAAGCCCGCCGUCAAGAGUCAACAGUUGCUGAGCAGAUGAAGCGGCAGCAGCCAGCGCAGAUGAAGCAGCAGCCAAUGAAGCAGCAGCAGCCAGCGCAGCAGACGCCGAGGCAGCCAGCGCAGCAGACGCCGAGGCAGCCAGCGCAGCAGACGCCGAGGCAGCCAAGUCAGCAACAAUCAAAGCAGCACAUGCAGCAGCAGAAGCAGUUGAUAUCGCAGACGGGGCAAGCUACGUGGCCUCCAGUUUUUUCUGCUGCAAAAACUGUUUCCGCAGCUCCUCUCCUCCCCAGCAUUGUUGAUGUCUCACAGGGGUUAAUCCCUCGCCCGAUGGGUAUUCCUCCAGCUCUGCCUCAAGGAAUACCAGGCCUGAUGAACUUAAUUAAUAUGACGCUGCCACCUUCCAACAGGCAGCUCCCAGCAAAGGUGGGAGUCUCCAAGGCCCUGCCAAAGCCGGCCAUGAUGCAUGACUAUGCAGCAGCCUCGCCGAGAAUCUUUCCACAUACCUGUUCUCUGUGUAACAAAGAAUGUACUCAUAUGAAGGAUUGGAUCUCCCACCAGAACACCAGCCUUCAUCUUGAGAACUGCAAAUUGCUCCGAACACAAUACCCGGAGUGGGAUGGUGAGAUAGCACCCGGGCCCAGGACUGAGGGUAAAGAUCCCACGCCCUCAGCAUCAGUUUCUGCACAGACUUCCCGACGUCAUCUCCAGAAAACGAGGCAGGGAAGCAGCUCAUGUUCCCGUUCGCCCAGCCCGCGUCGCCGCCAUGGCUCGGAGGGUAGAAGGGAGAAACGCAGCAGCCGAUCACGUUCACCACACAGCUCCAGAUACAAUCGCAGGUCCCGGUCUCGUUCUCACUCCCCAUGGUAUGACCGCCCGACCUCCUCCCGUUAUCGGUCACAUUCAAGGAGCCCUGAGAGACGGUCUUCACCGAGGAGGAGAGACGAGAGACGGUCCUCACCAAGGAGGAAUGAUGACAGACGGUCAUCUCCAAGGAGAAGCCGUGAGAGACGGUCACCUUCAAGGAGUGAUGAGAGACGUUCGACGCCAAGGAGGAGCCGUGAGAGACGGUCGCCUUCAAGGAGGAGUGACGAGAGACGAUCGCCGCAUAGGAGGAGCCGUGAGAGACGAUCGUCACCAAGGAGGAGUGACGAGAGACGAUCGCCGCCAAGGAGGAGACGUGAGAGGCGAUCGUCCACAGAAGACUCAUCCCCUAAACGAAAGAAGUCGAGCAGUGCAGAGAGACUGGCUAAGAAACUACUGGAAACAUCAGCUGUCCAGUCUCUGUCAAAACAGUCUGACCUGGAGGCCGUGGUUAAAACUCUGGCUCCUGCUUUACUGGCUGAGCUAGCCAAGAUGAAGUCCUCUUCAUCCUCCUCUUCCAAAGGAGGAAAACCCUCCUCGUCUACACACACUGCAGGAAGAAAGAGAUCGCCUUCUACUGGCUCCUCCUCAUCCUCCCUCUCUACAGCAAAGACAAAGGAGUUGACUUCAAAGCCCUCCAAAGCAAAUCCCAGCCCCCAGAAGAGCGAGGCAAGUUCUGCCACUAAGACAAAGUCUGGUAAACCUUCACCUCCAACCAUGGUGAGACUCGAAGGGAUUCGUAGUUCUCUCUCUCACAAUGAUGUGAUUGUUGCUGUGGAGCACUUUGGAAAAACCAAGUCAGUUGUACUGUUUCGGUCCAGACUGCAGGCAAUCGUGUGUUUUGAGAAAGAGGAAGACGCUACCAAACUGAAGAGCGCAAAGAGCCUCGAUGUGAAAGGAAUAACAGUCACCGUUAUCAGAGAAAAGGUGACUGAUUCUAAGGAGCAAAAGAAUCCUCCUCAAAAAAAACCUGCCACGUCCAGUGACGCCACACCUCAAACCACUACAUCCACAACCACCACUAAAAAGGUUGUUGUCAAAAAAGCUGCAACAGGCAAACUUACCACUCAGAAAAUUGCAGCUAAAGGGUCAGUUAAAGGCACGACUGUCACUAAAUCUAAAGUCUUGGUUUCCAAAGCGAAAAACAUCUCUACCAAGCAGCUAGCCAAAACGACAAAAACAGGAAAGUUGCCCGUGAAGGGAGCUGUGAAAAAGACUGUGGUAAAGCAAAAAAGUUCAAAGUCCGCCGCUCAAGGACCGGAGACAAAGACAGAAGCUUCAGAAAAUCAGCCUGAUGCUGGUCACGCCAAACAAAAACCUCUACCUGAAAAACUCAAAACUUUUAAAGAAGAGGUGGUGGAGCCCAAAGACACAGCAGAGGUUGUUGAGACAGCAAAUGCAACAGUUCUUGAACCUAAGAAAAAACUUGACAUAGCCGAUGUUGAGGUGAAAGGUGAUGAACCGAUGCAGCUUGGGUUAACAGCAGUUAAAAUAGAGCCUAUGGAAAUUGGAUGUACUGCUGAGGGCGAAAGGGAAAAACAGCCAACUACAGAGGCCGUACCAGAAGAUUCAGCAGACAAAUCCAGUGAGAGUCAACCAUCAAGCAGUACAGAUGUGACUCAGUCAACAGAAACCCCUGUCGAAGGUUUACCGCUCGUCCAGCAAAGCACCCCAUCAGAACCAGAGUCCACUGCUCAAGGCCCGGAGACCAAGACAGAGGCUUCGCAAAUGCAACAGCAGGCUGCAGAACGCACAAUUGAAGCUGCUGUAGAGGCAAAGCUGCCAGGUGGAGGGGUGGAGAUAAAGACAGUGCAGAAAGAUCCUGUGACUGCAUCUAAGACACAAACCGAUGCACCAGCCAAGAAGGCAUCCGAAGCUGUCUGCAAUGUUUCAGCCAACUUGAUUGAGAUUGCCCCAUCUGUCACAACUGAGCCCACUGCUGCAGCAGUGAGCGAGGAGCAACCGGCACAGUCUUCCACUGCAGUUACCCCUCUGACUAUUGGGGAGAUGGUAGAAAAGCACCUGGGUCGAAAUAAAAUACUGUGCGUCAGGAUGAAGAUGUACUUCUCGCCAAAUUAUAUUCCAGAUAAGAAGCUGUUGUACAUAUAUGGACUGCCGAGGUAUCACGAUGGCUGCUACACAGAGGAUGACAUUGCAGAACUGUUCAUUCCAUUUGGGUUUCAAUAUAAAGAUGACACCAUCUAUGUUAUUCCUCAGACGCGCAUGGCCUUCGUCCAGAUGCCAACAGUGGAGAAUGUGCAGAACACAAUUACCUCUGUCACAAAAAAUCACAUUAUUUUUCAAAAGUGUAAACUCUCUGUACAGCCAGUAGCAGGUGGCAUUGCGAUGACGCACCUCGGAUUUUAUAAAUCACUGAUGAGGCUGAUGAAGUCUCCUGUGCAAGAUGAAGGACAGAGAACAGUCUUCAUCAAGAACAUAUCACAGAGUGAGACCAGGGACUUGAGGGAAGCUUUGAAAAAAGUCAGUUCUGUCAAGAACUACCUGCCUCUCCUCAACAAGCUAUUCAUAGAGUUUGAGACUGUUUGCGAUGCUGAUCAUUUUGGAGUUUGGCACAGUCUCCUGAAAGAAGCACCUAGCCACGAAGUCCACAGGCUGAAAAUACCAAACACGGGCUGUAAAUCACCACCAGCAAAACUUCCUGAGAAAGCUCUGCCGGACAGCAAGGAUGUUGUUGCCAAGGCAACUGUCCCGCCAAUAAAAAACAUUCCACAAGACAGCAUUUCACCAUUUUGGGUCACGAUGAGAACUAGGCCCUUCCUGUUCCCUACCAUGUUUCCUUGGUUCAUCAUCCCAGAUUACCUGACAGUCAGAGGACAGGACGACAUUGAGAAGGCCAGUGGUUCCAAGUUCCCCACAAUCAUGUUGACCGGUUUGCCAGAGGGAAACUACCAGCACGAGGAUGUGGCCAAGCUGGUAUGGAGGUAUUUCCCCAAACAGAACCUUCGCUCCCUGUACUACAAUGUGACCGUCUUAUCGCUGCAGAGGAGGGCUUUUGUGUUCUUCGCUGAUUGGACUACGUGCUGCGGUUUUGUCCGAGAUCACCUCACAACUCCAGUUUCUGUCAAAGGCUCCAAGCUCAGUGUACACUUCGUCUUGCAACAGAUAAAUCCCGAAUCCAGCGAGGUCAUGAUGUACAGAAGUCUGAUGAACUGGAGCAACGCUGGAGUUCCAGAGCCAAAGUCUCUGGAGGAGCGGUUGCUCAGUGUGGAGAUUUCUGAGACGUCUGCAGCCAUCAUCAAGAUAGUGAUGGAAGUGGUGGCUUCCAUCGCACCCAUUGUCAGCUUCCUGCCGCUCGCUAACAGGAUCUGCAUUGAGAUGGCUGACUCCAGCGGUGUAACACAGGUGGUGGAGAAAUACAACACUUUCUCACCGGACUCUUUUAAUAGGCGCACAGCUUGGAGUAAAGUUAAACGUUUUGAGACUUUGAAGACCCUAAAACAGCGUCUACAGGAUUCUGGGGAGAUCACAAUUAACUUUGAACAGGACACCAUCGGUGUUGAAGCCAAGCCCCCAGGUGUGAAAUGCCAAAUUCAGAGUGGCCCUAAUGGAUCCACUAUUUCUGAGCCCAUCACAGCAGGACCGAGUGCUAUGGUCGCAAGUGAUGCAGCAAUGGAGGAGGACAGUGAGAAACCAGAAACUGAUAUCGCCAUGGACUCCACUGUAUGUUCAGAAGCAAAUGUAGAUGUAAAGAAGGAAGAGGGGUCACUAACGACUUCAGUCUCCACUACUGAUGUGACCUCUACCUCUAAAGUCAGUAGUGGAAAUGCAGCCCCUGCCGCUCAGAGCCCUGGCCACUCUGUAGCAUUGCUCAUGCCAGAACAAGCUACUCUUCAAACCAGUGGUCCGGAUGGAUCCACGGUUUCUGAGGCCCUCACAGCAGGACCAAGUGCUACGGCCGCAAGUGACGCAGCAAUGGAGGACGACGGUGGGAAACCGGUUACUGCUAUCUCUAUAAUCAGCAGUGGAAACACAGACCGUGCUGCUUCCAGCACUGCACCCUCAGCCACAGCACUCGUGACUGAAGGAAAUGUUGCAGAACUUCCUGAGAUUAACGCGGACAUUUUAAAGGUCCUCACGGCAGCAGUUCGCCAGCACAGACUCACCCGAGAGAGCAGAUCCCAGAGUGAGAAGGAGGAGAGCCCCAGCAAAAGCAACACAAGCAACAUAACAGCUGAAGACGCCCCACAAAGAAUGGGUCAGGAUGAUUUUACAGAUGACAAAGUUUCUUCAGAUGCCUAUCUUUUUGAUGAACAAAAUUUCAACAUGGAUGACUUUGUCACUGUUGAUGAAGUUGGUGAUGAUGUAGAAGACAAAACCCCCGAGCCUAAUACACCCUCCUCAUCCAAGCAAUCCUCCAAAGCGAGAGAAAAGCAAAGCUCUGGUGUGUCGUCCGCUGGCAAACGGACCUCAACAAGAUCUUCAAAAGACUCUAAGAGCUCAGCCUCUUCCUCAUCCAAGUCGACUAAAGGCUCAAGCUCUUCUAAAUCAAGCUCUAUGUCCAAGUCCAAGGACUCAUCUGAGUCCACCAAAUCCCCUACCAAACCCUCGUGCUCUGCCAGUGUCAGUAAGGCCUCCUCUUCUUCGCUGUCUACUGAAACCCCUUCCUCCCCUGGCCAGAAAACACAACAGAGCAGGACAAAAUCUCCAGCUAAAGCAUCAAAUACCGCAUCCUCUGGUCGUAGUACCCGCUCAUCUUCUGCUGCACGUGAAAGGGAAAAAAUAACAGCAGCAGUAACUGUCGAUGGAUCAAUGGAAACUCAUCUAGAGCCUCUUAGAGAAGAAACACAAGACACAGAGAGCGCAGUGGCAAAGUCUGACCACAAAGUGUCAGCAGAGGGCAUUGCUGCAAAAACUGGUGAGUCACAGACAAAAAUAGAAUCAUCAUCAGAGAUGCGUCCACCUCCACAGGGACAUGAGGUAGAGUUGAGCCAAGCCCAGAGUCUGGGUACUGAUUGUAAUGUGAACACUCUCAAAGACCAGAAGACAAGGAAACAGGAAGGGAAAGAAGAUGUUGACAAACAUUCAGAGGUGGAGGAGGACGAUAGAGAAAAUUUCCAAAUCCUUGAUUCACUCGAUGAUCAAACAGAUGAACAGAUGGAUGAUGGGGACCAACAUGGCAGCUCUGAAACCCAGCUAACUGGACCUGAGGGAAGCCAGACUUUGCAUGAGGAAAAAGGCAUAUUCCACUUAGAGGAGGACAGUGAAAUGGAAAUGACCAGUUCUUUACAAGUGCUAGACAGUGUUACUGAAGACCAAGCAGCUGCAGGUCAAGAGGACAGUCGCCUGGUCCAAGAUGACGGUUCCACAGUAAAACAACUGUCUGAGGAGGAUGCAAAUCCAGUAGUCGACAAAUCUGAUGAUGCCGUUAAAGAUGCAGUUGGUAAAGAGACAGAUAACAAAGACCAAUUCCAAGUGUUAGUUACAGGUAGCAAACAAGGUCCAAAGGGAGAUGGGAAGAAGAAAGAACAAAAAGAGGAAGAGGUCAAAGUUAAAACACUUUCAGCAGAAUCCUCUAAAACCUCCAAAGAUGUGGAAAAUCCUGAUGGCCGAAUCCCAAAUGAAGACCAGCCUCUUCAAGAAUGCGACAGCAAAGACAAUUUAAAAGGCCCUGCCACUGAUGUUACUGAAGAAGAAACCUUUGAGAUGUUGGAUUCAAUUAAUGAUCAAACUGCUACAGAAGACAACAAACUUGAAGAUCCCAGUGAGCAGAUACCUAAAGAAGACACUGGGCCCAUAGAGGAAGACGCAUAUCAGGUAAUUGAUUCGAUGGAAGAUCAGCCGAUAACUAGAGAGGUCGAGUCAGAGAUUGAUAACAAGGCAAAAAGCACCAAGAAAGAGGAAGCAACUUCUAGAAAAGAUGAGAGACCAUCAAAGAGGAGUGGCCCUGCAACCUCUGCAUCCAAAAGUGAAGAAAAAGAGAAAUCUAAGGACAAGGUAGUUAAAAAAUAUGAGACACGAAAUAAGAUGGGCACCAGUGCUGGGGUUUCUAAAAAAGACAAAGAGGUCACUGAGGAGGUGGUUUAUGAGGUAGUAGAUUCUGUUGAAGACGAACCGGUUGAAGAUGCUACUGCUACAGAAAGGUCAGGUAGAAGAAGAAGUACUAGAGGAAAAAAAGAGGAUAAAAUUACAUUGAAUCUCACAGAAGUGUCUGAAAAGCCCGAGCAGGAUACGUACAAGAUUCUAGACUCUGUGGAGGACGAUACUGCCGAUGACGAAACCACAAUCACGACAAGAUCUACCAGAGGAAAAAGGGAAAGAACAACUAAGAAAGAUGCUUCGAAUGAGAGAACACAAAAAGGGGACACGCCAACGAGAAGGAGGCACACUCCUGCCAGAGAGUCACAGGAACGAAACAGGGAAAAAACACCAAAGAGAGAGUCGAAAGUUCCUCCAGAAGAGAGCACACCAACAAAGAAGAAGGACAUUGUUGCAAGAGAGUUAAGUGAGGACGCUACCUGCGAAAUAUCCUGUAUGGAGGAAGAGGUUGUUAAGCAUGAUCGGCCCGCCACAGCAGGAAAAGGAAAGAGGGGAAGACCAAAGAAACCGGUUAAAACAACAAAAAAAGACAAAGUAACAUUGAAGGGUGACCAAGACGCAUCCGAAAAAGUGGCUGAGGAAGAAGAGGCAGUGUAUCAGAUUGUUGAUUCUGUGGAGGACGAGACCGUUGAUGAUCAGCCUCCAACAGGACAGUCUGAGAGUGCGAGAGAGGAGAACACUUCUAAAAACAGUGACAAGCAAAAUAUAAAAAAUUCAUCUCUUGCAGGAUCCCCCAAAAAUGAGGAGGAGGAAGAGGAAGAGCCUAUGUACCAGAUCAUAGAUUCCCUGGAAGACGAAGUUCAAGAAGAGCUGACAGCAACAGGUGGAUCUGAUAGAGGGAAGGAAAAUAGUGCGAUAAAAGAUGAGACUCCUACAAAAGAAGAGGCAUCAGCUGAAAAAGAAGGUACACCAACAUGUGGUACCACAGUUGUGAAAGCCUCUGAAAAAUGUCUGUACGAGAUAGUUGAUGAUUUAGAGGAGCUAAAUGAUGUUCCAUCUGCUGCAGAAGGGUCUGCUACAAGAAAUGAGGAAAGCACUCUCAAAACAGACAUUAAGAAAGAGGACAAAUCAACAACCAAGUCCCAAAGUGAUACUGCGACACGGCAAGAGGAACAAAAACCACCUGAGAAAAACGACACAACGGCAGAAACAAGCACUCUAGGGAACCUAGAUGAAGUGAGCGAGGAGGAGGAGGAUUACCCUGACGACACGGCCGAGGAGGAAGAACUGAGGAAGAGGCAAGCCUCCACAAAAGAGAGGCAGUUUGCCAAAGAGCGAGAAGCCAGGAGGAGGGAGGAGAGGAGAACCAGAGAGAGAGAGGAGAGGGAGCGAAGGAGUCGGAGUAACAGCAGCAGCAGAGGAGGAGGCGGCAGUGGGGGAGGUACGAGGAGGACGAAGCAGAGGGGGAGGGGAAAUGAGGAGAGAGUGGAUGUAGAUGCCCAGGAGCUAGUGACUCUGGAUGAGGUGGGAGCAGAUGAGGCUGGAGAGGAAAGGGCGCUGGAGAGCCAAGAGUGGGACAGGGCGGUCACGGAGGGAGACAUGCAAGCACUCGUCACUCUGGAUGAGUUUGUAGAAGAGGAGGAGGAGGGGAAGGUCGAGCAAAGGAUGCUGGAGACCCGCCCACUCAGCCAGGAGGACGAAUCAGUGGACUCCUUAAACCCAGAGACUUUGGUGACUUUAGAUGAAGCAGGCGGUGAUGAGGAAAAGAAGCCGGACGAAGAGCAAGCUGAGAAAACCUCAAGAUCUGUUAAACGCAAACACGAUGAUGACACAGAGGAAAGCAUGAAUUUUGUGACCGUAGACGAGGUGGGAGAGGUUGAGCUGGAUGAGGAGGAGGAAAAGAAAGUGGUAACACCCAGGACAAGAGGCCGAACCAAGAAGAGAAGCAGACAGACCCCUGUGAGAAAAUCUACCAGAGGGAAAAAAGUGGGCACAAAAGACGAGAGAGAAGAAGAAGAAAAGGAACCAGCUGAAGCUGAUGUACUGCCUCCCACGUCACUCGACGCCUCAUUGGACAAAGAUCUGUCCACGUUGUCGAGUGACGGUCAGCCAGAGAUUCAGAAGACUGAGGCAGAGGUGGAAGCAGCGGGCCGAGCCGACGUUGACGCUGCCCCUGCCGCCUCUGCUGGGCAGGAGCCUCAGCCGGAGAACCCUAAGAACCUGGAAGGAUGUGUGGAGGCAGGAGAAGAGGAGAAGGAAGGACGGAGCAGGGUGGACAUUAAAGCUGUGAGUAAGCAGAGGAGGGAGCUCAUUGGAACUGAAGCAAAACGAUCUCGUUCUCAGUCCCCUUGUGUCUCUGCCGACUUCAAACUGCCGGCAUUUAAACCCAACAACCCCCUCGGUCAGAACUUCGUGGUCCCCAAAUCAGGUUUUUUCUGUAAUCUCUGCUCUGUUUUCUACCUGAACGAGAGCACCGCAAAGGACCUCCACUGCAGCAGCCAGAGACACUACGACAACCUGCAGAAACAUUACCAGAAGCUUCAACAGAAACCAUCAAGACGUUCAACACAAAUUUCUCAAGGCUCUGUUUCUGAAUGAUCCUGACUUCAACUACGGAUUUAUUUUUGUAUUGUUUUGUUAAAAAUGUGAAUACGCUGAAGGUGGACAAGAGAAACGGCUUCACGAAUCACUGCAGAGACAGCUAUUCGCCAUUAUCACCACACAAUGUUCAUAGUGGCUAAUUGAGGUCUGUAACCUUGUUCCAUGUAAAUAAAAAUUAAUUAAUUAAAAUUACUUAUAAAUCUGCCAUGAUACCUAAUAAUAAACAUUUUAGCAUGAUUUGCCCAUUGGCAACUCCCUCCAACUUCGCAGUUUUGGUGCCUUGCUCUGCCCACAGUUGCACAGUUACAGCAUCGGUUGUAUUCUGUAAAAACAAAGAUGAACGGAGUUUCAUCAUGAAGUCGGUAAGAGUUACAUAUUAGCGUAAAACUUUGGAGCUAGGGUAGGUAUUUACCUCAGAAGCAUUUUUUGUUAUAUUUGUUGAAAUCUUUAUUGCGUCUCAACAGCAAACAGUAAAUCAAACACAAAAAUGAAACCAAUUCAGUAUCUUGUGCUGCUGCAGGACUGUAAUAAGCAACAUCUAGCUCCUUUUUUAAGAUUAAACUGUUACAGUGGGAGCUCAUUAACUGUUUUAAAAUUGUAUAAAUGAAGCUAAGAAUUUAAUGUUGCACAUGAUGUAAAAAGAUCAGAAGUGUCAACAACCACUUUAGCUUUAAUUAGCCAUGCAAGUGCAAAUUUACAGAACUGUCAGAUCCGAUGUCUCAGAACUAAACUAUGUGAGUGUGUUUUCUUAACUGCUAGACCAACACUAGCAAACAUUUAGUCUCUCGAUGACAAUAUAAAGACAUUUUGUUAUUGUUUCUAGUCUUGGAGAGAAUUUUUAUGUGAAAUAAUUUACUUGUGAAGGUUAUUAUGAAUCUACAUUAUAGGAUGUCUUUGUGUUUCUUCUUUGAAGAUGUAUCAGAAAUGCUCAUAGUUUCUACACAUGCAGGACAGGCAGAGGUAUGUUUUUUACAUGUAAUCACACAUUAAAGGUGGGGUAAGUGAUUCUAAUCCAAUACAUGUCGAGUUGUUAGUUUCACUGUCUGGAGCUGGUGUGCUGGCUCUGGGACAGUCUUGUCCUCUCUGAGCUAACGUUAUAAUGUUUACUUGCUGUGUCGUUGUUUGCUCGAUAUUAUGGUAUUUCUCAUGGAAUUGAGUUUCUCAAGAAUCGCUUAUCCCACCUUUGAUCCAGUAAUUUAAACCUGUAGUUUUGUGGUAAAUUCAUAAAAGGUACCUGACAGUUUCCUCAUGUCUCUGUGUUGAUUGACUUGGUUUCAUUUAAGGUCACUUGUCCAAUAUGUUGACUUACUUCUGUUGUACAGUUUUUGUUCAGUUUCUAUAAAACAUCAAUUAAAGCCUGAGUGUCUCA